CUCCUGCUCUUAUAAAGGAACGCUUAUAGCAGGUCUCAUCAGUUCCUGGAGUAACGUUCAAAGGACGGACCGGACCUACUGUACAUCCUUAAGAAAUCCUCUGCCAGCAAACCAGACAGACAAAAUGGCACACAUCCACCCGAUACCAGGGGAUAUCUACAGAAACCAAGAACCCGUACCAGAGGAUAUGCCAAAGAUCCAGGGCUACGACUUCAACAAGGGAGUGGACUACAGCGCCCUUCUGAAGUCCUACCGCACCACAGGCUUCCAGGCUACCAACUUUGGCUUGGCUGUCCAGGAGAUCCACAACAUGAUCAAGAGACGUCAGCAGCCGUUGAAGACGGUGAACGGACUCGUUGAGGAUCCGUCCACCUGCCCCUGCCUCCAGAGCUGCACCAUCUUCCUCAGUUACACCUCCAACCUCAUCAGCUGUGGAGUCAGGGAGAGUAUCCGCUACCUCGCAGAACACAGGAUGGUGGAUGUCUUAGUGACCACAGCUGGAGGUAUAGAGGAGGAUCUGAUCAAGUGUUUGGGCCCGGUUUACGUAGGAGAAUUUACUAUGCCUGGCAAGGAUCUGUAUAAAAGAGGCCUCAACAGGGGUGGAAACACUCUGAUGCCCGAAGAAAACUAUGAGAAAUUUGACAAAUGGAUGACGCCGAUCUUGAAGCAGAUGCUGCAGGAGCAGAAAUCUCAGGGCACUCGCUGGACUCCAUCUAAGGUGAUCCAUCGACUGGGCAAAGAGAUCAACAACCCUGAAUCUGUUUACAACUGGGCCUACAAGAAUAACAUCCCGGUGUUCUGCCCUGCCCUGACCGACGGCGCCAUAGGAGACUUGUUCUACCUCCUCUCGGCUGAGAACCCCGGCUUCAUAGUGGACAUAGUUGAAGAUAUUGCAAAGUUGAACAACCUUGCGGUGGCCGCCAACAGCACAGGGAUGAUCGCCCUGGGAGGAGGCGUAGCCAAACACCAAGUAUGCAACGCUAAUUCAUGGAGGGACGGAGCUGACUACGCCGUGUACGUGAACACGGCUCAGGAGUUUGAUGGCUGUGACUCAGGGGCCAGACCUGACGAGGCCGUGUCCUGGGGCAAGAUCAGAGCAGAGGCUAAACCCGUCAAGGUGUUUGGAGAUGCUUCCAUAAUCUUCCCCUUAUUAGUGGCAGAAACAUUUGCAGUUCAUGUCAGUGAGACCGCUGAACAGAAACAAGACUCUGGGAUGUCUAAUGGAUCUUCCUCAUAGUGGACUUUUUUGGCUUAUUAGGAACUCGUCUGUCAAGAGAAACAUUUGCACACGUGUGAGUGUGCAGUGCAAGUCCAUGGAGUCAUCAGCUCCAGCUCUACUCUGCCCUCCGUAGCUGCAGUAGUUCCUGAUACUCUACAGUCUGAAAUGGAUCGCAGCCAUUAAUCAUUUUAUGUCUAUACACCUCAAAGUGUCUGCUGUGAGAAACGUCUGUUGUUUGUUGUCACAUUACAGUGAAAGUAAAUGUUAUGCUGAUGAAUAAAGUCUUCGUCCAAGAAC